AUGGCUGAAGAAUCAAAAAAUUAUGAACUUAAGAAUAAAGAUACCAGACGGAAACAAAUAAAAGAAACUUUAUUAACAACAACAGCAUCUGCGUACCGUGAAGAACACAUUGAAAAAUUGGAAACAGAACACGAACCACCAGAUUUAAAUGACUCCAAUACUCUCAGGAAAGCUAGAGAAGAAGCUAUUGAUGAAAACAUUGGAUUCAUUGAAUUCAAAGGAUUGUCGAUCAACAAUGAAAAGUUCAUAACUCGGUGCAACAUUCAGAAAUUACGUUUGAAGCCAUUUUAUGUUUUUUAUUGGUCUAAUGAACAAAUACUACUGUGGAAUCAGUUACAAGAUCAACGUUUGCCACUUUCUUUUGACGCCACUGGUGGAUUAGCAAAAAAAAAUAAGUUUUACAAGGAAAUUAAGAAUAACUGUAUGUACUACUAUGUUAUAGUAAUUGGUUUGGGAAAUAAUAUCAUUCCUCUUCUCCAAGCAUGUAUGACUGCUCACAGUGUACCUGUCAUCACAGAAUUACUCAACCUUUGGAUUGAAAGUGGUGCAAAGGUACCGAAAAAGAUCGUCACAGAUGGAUCCUUAGCUCUACAGAAUGCGGUUAAUAUAUGCUUCAAUACUUUGAAUUUUCAGCAGUAUAAUUUACAGUGUUUUAAGUUGCUUCAACAAGACUCGGAAAAUAUUCCACCCUGUUUCUACAGACAUGAUGUUGCACACUUGCUUAUAGCUGUCAUUGCAAUGGCAUCGAAGACGCUGUUCGAGAGCGUGAUGUGGGGCACGUCCAAGCAGGUCCAGGACAUCCUGAGCAAGCGCGACUUGCCAAUCGACGACAACUACACAGACUACGCGCUUCUGCUAACCUCCUUGCGCCGGAGGCGCAAAGAAGUGGCCAAGAUUCUGCUGAACAAGGGCUGCAGGGUGAGAAAAGUCCCCUCCAACGACAAAGCCGACUCACCCUUGCAUCUGGCUGUCAAGCUGGGCGACGUGGAAAUCGUCAAGAUGCUCCUCGACAGGGGGGCAGCCGUGGACACCGUUGACCAAAACGGUGAGUCGCCCCUGUACUUUGCCAUGAAGAAGGGCUGCCACGACAUCGUCGACUUGAUAUUGUUGGCCAGUGACGUCGACUGCGCCAACACGAGCAGUAAGGAUGGAUUGUCGCACUUUCACGUAGCUUGUAUCAGGAAUAACGUGGGAGUCGUCGAGAAUUUCGUGAAAAAAGGGGUCGACGUGAACUGCACGGUGAACUUUGCAGCCAGCGAGCACCCUGGUUUUGCACCUCUGCACUUUGCAGUUGAGUACAACUGUGUGGACACGGUUAAGCUGCUGUUGAGAUGUAACGCCGAUCCCACGGUUAAAAAUGCGGAUGACAAGACUCCCCUGUACUUGGCCAUGCAGAAACAGAGCAAUGAGAUGGCGGAUGUGAUAUUGUCUCUGGUCAGCGACAGCGAUUCUAAUCCCGUGGACGACGAUGGGCUCUCGCACUUUCACAUUGCUUGUAUGAAGCACCACUUGAGUGCCGUGAAGAAUUUCUUGCUUCACGGCGUUGAUGUCAAUCAAGCUGUCAAGCCGACCUCGACUCUGUGGCCCGGGUCCACGGCUCUGCACUUUGCAGUCAGAGGCUUGUCGGUGCAUUGUAAGGAUCAGAUAGAAGUGAUCGAGUUGUUGUUGAGGCACAAAGCUGACGUCAAUGCCCAGGACGUGCAAGGCCAAACUCCGCUGCAUCUGGCGUGUUUGCAGAGCGACGAGAAAAUUUCGAAACUGAUACAAGACAUCUUUCGCUCGCUGAAUGCGGACGAAGAAGGAGUGUCGGGAUCGCUGUUUGGUGAAAAACUGUCGAGUGCCAUCAGCCAGAUAGAUCAAGUGAAAAUUGUCGACUUGCUGCUGAAGCACAAGAGCGACGUUAACGUGGCGAACAUCGUCAACGAGACCCCACUGUUUUAUUUGUACAAGUACGAUCGCUCGAAAAUAUCCAACAAGUGUAAGCUCGGCGACGACCUGAUAACCCACGUCAUCGGAGAGUUUAACAAAAACCGUCGCGAAAUCUUGAAAAUCCUUCUGAACCACGGUGCGGACGUGAACGCUCAAAACGACACGGGUCAGUCAAUACUUCACGUGAUCGCGGGUAUCAGCAAAAGCUGCGACGACGAUCAGAAGGAAGAAGUGGCCGAGCUGGUGCUCAACAGAGGAGCCAACGUGGACGCCAGUGGAAAGUACGGAUCGACACCGCUGCACCUGGCGUCUCAAAAUGGCCAUGUCAAACUGAUGGAGCUGCUUCUGCGCUACAAAGCCGAUGUAAACACCAGCGAGGCUUUCGAUCAGUCGACACCCUUGCACCAGGCAACGACCUACCAGCAAACGAGGGCCAUAGAAGUUUUGCUAGCCAACGGCGCCGAUGUUACGGCCACCAAGUGCAACAACAUGAACGUCCUCCACAUAAUGGCGCUGAUAAAACCGGACGCCUCGCAGGAGCCGGAGUUCAUCGAGUCGUACGAAAAGAUAAUAAACACUUUCAUCGAGUGUGGCUGUGAAAUCAACGCGCAGGACCUCAACGGUAGGACACCUCUGCACCUGGCUUCCUGGGAUAACAACAACGCAGCCACCUGGAUUCUCCUGCGUCACUUUGCCGACAUCAACAUCGAGGACUUUGCCGGUGAGACGCCUUUGUCAUUUUUAAUGAACAGUUCAGACCCUCGGGACAACAUAUACUUUAUAAUCCGGGAUUUCAUCAACAUGCUAAAGUUCACGGGUUUUUACGUGAGCCAAAAAAACGAGAGGUGUUACAAUGAGAUAUACAAAGGUGUGUUUCUCAAUACGGAGGAUGAUUUUUUGGUUCAGUGCAGGGAGGAGAUUGAGAGAAUGAAGUUUGUUAGGAUAAACAACGACACGUCUUUGUAUGACAUUAUGUUUAAGAGUUCCAACGAAAUGGUUGUACACGCGGGCAAUGAGAUACUGGAGGAGAUUUUAAAAUCGAGCAAAUUCGAGAGCCAGUAUAACAUUUACAAGUAUUUGUUAAAGUCCCAGUUUAGAAAGGGACUAGCCAGGAAGCGUUUGUUGAAAAGUGCCAAGGACUCGUUGGAGUUUAUGACGGGUUUUGGCUUCUCGGACUCUUGUUCUGACAAAAUACUUCAACACCUGUGCGACGAGAGUUUGAGAAAUGUGGUGAGAGCAAAAACGGUGGCACUCGCCCACAAAGGGUCGGUAGUGCAACAAAAAACUGCUCACGAAGUUGAUAAUUCCAGCGACUCGGUGGAAAAAGCACUGGCUUAUUGUCAAAGUUUGUUCGACAGACAAAUGGAGAUUGAAACGCAGUUUUAA